AUGACCGCCGGCUGCUGUUAUUGGUGGGCUGCCUCGCAGGCUUCCUCGCAAGACCGUUCGCAGGGCCGUUCGCAGGACCGUUCACAGGACCGUUCGCAGGGCCGGUGGCAGGGCCGGUGGCAGGGCCGGUGGCAGGGCCGGUGGCAGGGCCGGUGGCAGGGCCGUUGGCAGGGCUAUUAG